AUGCACGAUGAUUAUCAGGUGGACCGUCGGUACAACCACUACUGCGACCAGAUGCAGAUGGUGGUGAACUUCUUCGACUCGGUGAUGGGGUUCGGCGCGGCGACGCCGUACACGGCGCUGGCGCAGAAGGCCAUGUCGCGGCACUUCCGGUGCCUCAAGGACGCCAUCGCGGCGCAGCUGCGGAGCACGUGCGAGCUGCUGGGGGAGAAGGACGCCGGCACCAGCUCCGGGAUCACCAAGGGCGAGACCCCGCGGCUGCGCGCCAUCGACCAGAGCCUCCGGCAGCAGCGCGCCUUCCACCACAUGGGGAUGAUGGAGCAGGAGGCCUGGAGGCCCCAGCGCGGCCUCCCCGAGCGCUCCGUCAACAUCCUCCGCUCCUGGCUCUUCGAGCACUUCCUCCACCCGUACCCGAGCGACGCCGAUAAGCACCUGUUGGCGAGGCAGACCGGGCUGUCCAGGAACCAGGUCUCCAACUGGUUCAUCAACGCCCGUGUCCGGCUAUGGAAGCCCAUGAUCGAGGAGAUGUAUCAGCAGGAGUGCAGGGAGCUCGAGGGCUCCUCGGCCGGCGGCGGGGGCGGCCCCGAGUCCGGCAACGACCCCUCCGGCGCCGACAGCUCGCACUCUCCGACCACCACCGGCGCAGCGCAGCUCCCGCAACAGCAACAGCACCACGGCACGGUGCCCGCCGGGGUGAUGAUGCCCCACAAGCCCGACCCGGGCGCCGCGGGUCCCUCGGCUGCGGAAGCAGCGUUCGUCGGGAUCGACCCGGUGGAGCUCCUCGGCGGCGACGCUCACGUGGGCGGUGGCGCGGACGACUUGUACGGGCGGUUCGAGCCCGGGGUGAGGGUGCGGUACGGGCCCGCUGCGGCUGCAGGCGCGGCGGCCGGCGACGUGUCUUUGACGCUGGGCCUGCAGCACGCCGGCGCCGGCAACGCCGGGCCCGACGGCACCGGGCGGUUCUCCUUGAGAGACUACAGCGGUUGUUGA